GCGGUCUAAAUCGUUGGUCAAAUACCACCGGCCAAGCUAGCUUCGGCGCAGAGGAAGAUCGUUCAUCCCCCUUUUCAUCAUGGUAUCCUCUUUCACAGCCCCGAGCUUCUACCCCAGCUCACACGUCCCAUCCCUUCAAGCCGAAUACAUCGGCAAAUCCCUCUGCGAUAUUAACCCUCCAGCCGCAAUACUCGACGCCGCGGUGCUCCGAAGGAACUGCAAGCGAAUGCUCACAGCCACCCAAACUCUAGGCGUCGGAUUCCGAGCACACGUCAAAACUCACAAGACGACCCAACUAGCGGAGCUUCAAGUCGGCAAAGACUCCAAGUCCGUGAACCUCAUCGCUUCAACCGUCGCAGAGAUUGAGAAUCUCGCGCCUUGGUUGCUAGAAUGCCAAUCACAAGGCAAGACCACCUCAAUCCUCUAUGGCGUUCCCCUCGCUCCCUCUACUAUCCCUCGACUCGCCUCCCUCGCCCGCAUCCUCGGUCCCGGCGUGCUCGGCAUCUUCGUCGACCACGCCGAUCACGUCAAAGUACUGUCCGAAGUCGAUGAAUCCACCUGGCCGGGCCGCAUUCCGAUCUGGGUCAACAUCGACGUCGGAUACCACCGUGAAGGCGUGCCCUCUGACUCCAAACAGCUCGCGGACAUCGCGUACGCACUUUCUGCUUCGAAGCGAGUCACUCUCGGUGGAAUAUAUGCGCACAUGGGCCACUCGUACGGUGUCAGCAGUCCGGGAGAAGCAUUGUCUUUCUUCGGCCAGGAACUGGAAGGACUAGAACAAGGUGCCAUCUCCUUUUUGAAGUGCACAGACGCGCACGCUACCAACGACCCGAAUGCGGAAAAGAUCGUGCUAUCCCUCGGCGCUACGCCAACCGCCCGAGCCAUCCAGAACCUGCUGUCCGGCGAGGCGACAGAAAGCACAAAAGCCUACCGCUCCACGCUGGACCGCAUUAACCGAUCCUUUACCGUAGAAAUCCACGCGGGCGUGUAUCCAGUUCUCGAUCUUCAACAGAUGGCCACUCGCGCAGCUUCCAGCGGUCCAGGAGCGAGUGAGACGUCGUACGACGACAUCGCGUUCCGGCUACUGGUGGAAGUCAACGGCGCGUACCCCGAACGAAGCGAAAAACCAGAGGCGCUGAUCGCAGGCGGCUGCAUUCUGCUCGGUCGAGAAGCGUGUAAGUCUUAUCCUGGAUAUGGAAUUGUGACGCCUUGGCCGGCACAGGAGGGGCGUUUUUAUGAUCCCGCCGGAUCCAAGACGGGCUGGAUCGUAGGUAAAGUCGCGCAGGAGCAUGGGAAUUUGUGGUGGGAAGGUCCGGCGGAGAAUGUGAGGCCGUUGGAGAUUGGACAAAAGUUGAUGCUGUGGCCGAAUCAUGCUUGUAUUGCUGGGGCGCAUUUUGGAUGGUAUCUCGUUGUGGACUCAGAAGAGGAGGAUCCGGAGGUGGUGAGAGAUGUAUGGGUGAGGUGGCGAGGGUGGUGA